AUGGUGCCUUGCUGGCUUUUCUUGUUUCUUCUAUUUAAUUCUAGUGCAAGAGAAAUAGAUGGCGAUAAUGGCCAGGAGAAAAUUACAGAAUCCUGGAGCUGUAAAGAGGAAAUGUCUCAGAUGGCUCCAAUUUGUUACUGCGAUUCUGACUGUGUUUUCUAUAGAGACUGCUGUGGUGACGUAACAGACUCUUCUUACAGCGCUCUCAGCUUAAACCCAAAACGGGAAUGUCAACGUAUUGCUCCCAAAAAUUUCCCCUCAUUCUGGACUGUAACAUCCUGUCCGGGAAGAGAAGCUUUCAAAAGAGACGCCAUAUCUCUACCUGUUGUUAGUGAGGACGGAACCGUGUUUGCUGACGACAAUAUUGCGCAAUGUAAUAAUGUUUCGUCUUUCUUGCCCAUGGAUAUCUAUGUCAUUCUUCGCUAUGAUCUUUGUGAUGUUGAUUUGACAUUUUCGUCUCUUAAGAAACCAUUAAUGAAUCUCGUCAUGUCUAUCGUAAAAUCAAAUUGCAGAUUCAUAUUUUCUCCUAAAAGUGACAGUCGCGCAUUCCCAAGACUUUGUGUGGAUUUGCGACAAGAAGAGAUGGCAAAAGACUUCAGUAGCAAAUGUAACAAUUACAUGAGGCCAGAAAAGAUAUCCUCCGUGAUUUAUAGAAAUGCACACUGUUUCGAGGACAUGCAUGGUUAUCCGAUGCCAGAAAAUGCUACAGAUAUGGGUAUUAUUUAUAAAAAGCUUGUUGAAAUCGGAACAUCUCUUUACAUAGGAUUCAUGGAUAGUUCCAGUAAUCACUCGUACCAAGAUAAGUCGAUUUGCCCAUACAAAUUUAGAGAUCACUGUCAUACACGGUUAAUAAGAAACUGGAAUCAACCUUUAGAAAUGGAGGUCGAUUCAUUAUUUCCCAUUGAUGAAUAUCACAUAAAAUACAGCAGUAUCUACUUUGUCUACAACCUUCUUCAGAAUAAUGUUAAUUUAACAUUGGCAGAGAGGGUUAAUAUUGACAGGAUUAGAUGGAAAAGUUCCAGAUGCCAGACUAUGGUCAUCACCAUGUCUGUAAAGAGCACCGGAGACCUGAGCGAAGAAGAUUACAACAGAGUGAUUACUUUUAUCAACUUGUUCAAGUUGUCUUCAUUUAGUAGCUUAAUAAGGAUGGGAGCCAAUGAAUCUUCCAGUAAAAUAACCACCUCAUUGUGUACAAAUCCCUCGAAAAGGAGGGAAAUACUGCAAAGAACUAGGGUACAUUCAUUUACGAUAGUGUAUAUUUUACGCAUAAUGAAAUUCCUCGGUAAUGCUGAUGAGAUAAAUACUUACUGUCAGAAUUUACUUGUUGAGAGCAAAGAAAGAUUGAACAGAAAGUACGUAGAUGUAUAUUUGACGAAGUGGAGCUGCUUGAGAAACCCCAGCACUGACACGACUUCCGCCGGAAAUUACGACCCUCAGUCUGUGUAUAUCACAAUAACCGUGCUAGCCGUCAGUGGAAUAGUGAUCUUUGUCCUUUAUUUCACAUCACUUAAGGACGCCAAUGUGCUAGAUAGAUGACAUCUUCAAAUUUC